AGCGAUUCAAGAAUUGACUCGCGGGGUUACUUGUGAGGGCAUCCUAUCAGCAAUAAUGGCUAAAAUCGACGCCCAAGUGGCAGCUCUGGUGGAUAAGACCGAGUAUAACUCGGACGACGAAGAUGCGCUCAUUGAGUCUCUGGAAGAUUCCCCAGCUCUCGACGCGUUCAGAGAGCAGCGUAUACAGCAGCUUCACGCCGAGUUUACACGGGCAAAGACGCAGAAGAACCAGGGGUUUGGCGACUACACCGAAAUCAAGGAUGAGAAGGCAUUGAUGGACUUGACUACGUCCUCAAAGCAUGCCGUGGUACACUUUUCAAAGGAGGACUUCCAACGUUGCAGGGUUAUGGACAGCCACCUUGAGUCACUGGCCAAGAAGCAUUUCGAUACCAGGUUCCUCAAGAUGAACGUCGAUAACGCCCCGUUUCUUGUUACGAAGCUAAGGGUCCAGGUCCUGCCCUGCGUUAUCUGUUUCGUUGGUGGAAUUAGCGUCGAUAGGAUCGUAGGCUUCGAGGGGUUGUCAUACACCGCGGAUAACUUCACUACUGCCGAUCUUGAAGCGCGUCUACUUGGCUCUGGUGUGGUCCAAAGAGCGAAGACGCAGGGCGAUGGUGGUGUUAGAUUCGGCGUCAAGAAGGCUGUGAAGGAAGACAGCGAUAAUGAUGACUGGGAUUGAGAGGCUUUAUCUAGGCUUUGGUCAAAGUUUCAGGGACUUUGCCGCAGUGAGUUUGCCCCUUGGCUACCACAGCACACCAGCAUACAUCUACCAGGCCAGUAGAAGACCUGAGUAUGCUACGCCCGUAACUCUCUCGGCUCUCGGCUCGUUGGCGUAGCCAAGUAUCAGGAAGAGGCAUACUCUGCCGUGCCCCUUCGACACAUUGCGACAGGGGAAGAAGAAGUGGCGGUGAAAAGAUCGAGCCAAAUAUCAAUUUUACCAAUCGCUAUAACUCUCCAGGCCCCUUGGUUCCACCUCAGGGAUGAAGCUUGAGAUGAGACUAUCCCACGUGGAAUUAAACCACGAAUCAAGCCCCAUAAAGGUUCACAUUCAUAGACCUUACUAGAAUUCUUCAAGAAAAUAUGACGAGAUGAUCA